AGAGGCGUCACAGCCCCCCCAAAUUAAAAAAAAAAAACAAAAACAAGGACCAACCCAAUUAGGACCAGCGAUGGCAGGAGUGGGGGUGACGACUCUGGGAGCAACUUGUUGAAAUGGCCACAAGCCUUUUUUUUCCUUUUUAAAGCUUCACCUUGAUAGUGUCUGAAGUGCGCCGCAGCAGAUUGUUGUUGUUUUUUUAAUCGUAUUUAUUACUUCUGACGAGUUACGUCGAGGAAUAUACUCCUCUGUAGCUGUGUGUUUAAAAGCCGAAGUAUCUCUGCGCACCCACUGAAGUUAUCUUGAUCUCCAUUUGCAGCCACAGCUAAGAAAAAAAAACACACAAAUUACCCGCAAAGGAAUGUCAGUGAAAUCCACCAGAAAAGUGACAUUUCACCCCCGCAAAACAACAACAUGAAGUUACCACAGUGUGCCCGGGUCAGAAAGUUUGUGAUGUGCUGCCGAGACGAGGUGUUGGUGGCAAGAGAGGACGAGCCUACCACCUUGAUCUGUGCUGAUAAAACAGUCAGGGGUGCUGUAGCCAUUAACUGGAUGCAGAAGUUAUCUGGUGCAGAUGAAUGGAAACUGGUUCUCUCAGCCAAUGAAAGGACAGAGUUGUCUGGCGGUGCCUCGAAGGCAUCCAUGCGUUGGACUGAUCCAAACUUUAGAGACACCGGGGUUUUCUCUCUGUUCUUUCUUCCCAAAAUGAAGGACGGCGGCUUCUACUCAUGCUUGAUAAAGCAACAAGAGAGGAAAGUGAAGGAGAGGAUUAUCCUCUUAGUCAUCCUCAAAGUCACUGUUGUCCCCGCUGCACCCAUUCUGCAGCUCAGCACCCUGGCGCUGAUUGCCAGUGUGAAUCCCGACUCUGCUGUCGCCAAGAUCACCUGGGAAGCGCCUGGAGGUAUUUCCAUGAAGAGCGAGAGAAAGCCAAACACAGGCACAGUGGCCAAACUUCCACUGCUCCAGAUCAGUGACGGCGGGGCUUACGUCUGUUUGGUGCACCCGCAGGGUGACAGCAGUAGGGCUCCCUUCCCCUUCAACGUGGACGUGACAGUUGAUGCUGACAAUGUGGCCUCAUUCACCAAUAUAACACAUGCCCCUUUGAUCUCCACCGCCACUCAGGCGCACACGUCCUUCACCUUAACCUGUCCUGCCGUCCAGGGGGACUACGUCUUACUGCACUGGCAGCCUCCAGAUGCCAGGAAGCGGACUAACAUGAAGCUGGUGUACCAGUACGACCGGUGGAGGGGAUCCACCUUGUUGACCGAGCAAAGCAAGAAACUCCAGCUUGCCGGCCCUCCCUACAACCCAGAGGCUGGGAGCUUCUCUUUCCUACUCACACCUGGGUGGAAGGAUGGCGGUCUCUACGCCUGUGAUGUGUUUCUCAACAGCGUCGCCUUCAGCCAGCGGACCCGUCUCAGCGUGCUGAAAGUUAAAGCCAGCUACUCCUCCUCAAAGCUGCAGUUGGGGUGCCUGUACUCGGAGCUGUCCCAGGUCCAAAGCGCCAAGUGGACGUACCAGAAUAAGAGUCACCAGCUGCACUCGGAAACCAGCGGCCUUGGCAGCAUCAGCACCUCUCUGCCCUUGCCAAUCACCUCUGACACAGCCGGGAACUACACCUGCACCCUGCAACUGAAAAAUGGGCAGACCGUCCAGGCAACGCAAGCUGUGACGCUGCCCCAUGAAGAGAGUGUCAGUGUGACCACCCCCUCCCAGCUCCCUUCCCUCUUUGCCUUAUUACUCCUCGUGGUGCCCCUGGUUGCCGCGGCUGUCUGUGUGUUGCUAUGGAGACAGAAACACAUUUCUGAUCGCAGUAUUGAGCAGUCUCUGUCUGUCCACUCGGGUGAAGCAGAGAACAUCUAUGAAAAUCCUGAGGAUAUCCGACAGCAGGCUCCUCCCGAGGGCUCAGUCUACAUGGCUGCAGAGGGGCAUAAAUCUGGCCUCUGUAGCAUGGAUCUGGCUCUUUAUCAUCCCCUUCUCUGUCCCACUCUUCCCCUGCCUCCCUUCCCCGUUUUCGUCUUACUGCCAGGAUUUGAAGCCAAGAGGAGAGGAUGAUGUCUACGAGGAACUGGAGCGAUGCGAACGGUGUCAGAGCUGAUCACCUACCCACAUCUCAUCCUCAUCCAGCUGUCAUUUCCGCUCAGUUCCCCGCCGCAGCAGAGGGCCUCUCUAAACAGCAGUAACAACUGUGUGUCGGAGCUGGGAUGUGAAGGGAAACUUCAGUGCUUAAGGGAAAUGCAACUCAAUUGUUUGAAUGAUUUGUGCAUUCCUCGCUACUGCUCUCUAUCUAUCAGUGUUUGUUGGGCUGCACAUGGCAGAAAAGGUUUUCAAGUUUGACUCUAAACCUUUUGCCCAAUGUGUGAAAGUUUAUAUGUGACCUUGUUUUGCCUUUUCUUUACUUUACAUCUUGUUUUAUCUGUCGUUUUACCACUGUGGACGUCUGUAUUCAUGGUCGUUCUAAAUAAACAGUGCUGACUUCUA